ACAGAAGGUUGUCCAGCCCGGGAAUUGAACCCGGGCCCCUCUUGCUGUGAGGCGACAGUGCUAACCACUACACCACCGUGCAGCCCCGUGGUGGUGAUGUUAUGCAGUUUUCACGGGAGUCACCUGAAGAACUACAACUCCCACAUACUGACUCGCCCUGUGCGACCCAUUUAGGUAAUCGCCAGGCUUAUGCAGCCGCCCGUCCUGCUCUGUCGUAUCACUCCUCUUAAACUUGCAGUAACGUUACGGCAUCGACCCGCUGGUUUAGAAGGAAUACGGCGUUUAUCUCCCGACGCUGCCGCUGUGGAGGACGCGCUCCAGGCUCUACAGCCAGGAUCCUCCUUAGCUUUGAAGUCAGAGGUCAAAGGGCUAUGGGAACCAGGAGGGUGCUGGUGACUGGGUGCUCCUCUGGAAUCGGCUUGGCUGUGGCUGCGAGACUGGCCAAGGAUGAGCUCAGACGGUUUAAAGUGGUUGCCACAAUGAGGGAUCUUGGGAAACGGGGGCCCUUGGAGAAAGCAGCGGGUGACUCCUUAAACAAAACCCUGGAAAUCAAACAGUUGGAUGCCUGUUGUGAAACCUCCAUCAGAGAGUGUGUCAACAGCCUGCCGGACCGACGGGUGGAUGUUCUAGUGAACAACGCUGGUGUCGGCAUGAUCGGACCACUGGAGUGCCAGAGUAUCGAUGCCAUGAAGGAGGUUUUUGACACAAACUUCUUUGGCCUGGCUCGGCUGGUGAGAGAGCUGCUGCCCGACAUGAAGCGGAGGCAGAGCGGCCAUAUUGUGGUGAUGAGCAGUGUCAUGGGAAUACAGGGGCUUCUGUUCAAUGACGUCUACUCGGCCUCCAAAUUCGCUGUGGAAGGAUUUUGUGAAAGUCUGGCAGUGCAAGCAAUGAAGUUUAACAUCAAGACGACUCUGGUGGAACCUGGCCCCGUGGUGACAGAGUUUGAAAGGAAAGUGUAUGAGGACGCUGAGAAGAUGGAUCUAUCAGGGACGGACGAGGAGACCGCCAAAAUCUUCCGGGAAGUUUACCUUCCGUACUCUGUAAAGAUCUUCGCCUCAUUAGGCCAGACACCAGAGGAAGUUGCUGAGCAAACUGUUAAAGUGAUCACAGCCAAGGAGCCUCCUCUGCGCCACCAGACCAACCGCCUCUACAUGCCCCUGACAGCACUGAAGCACGCAGACCCGACUGGUCGACUGCCUCUGGACACCUUCUAUAAGAUGAUCUUUAAACACGACCGUUUGUUCGAAGCUACUCUCGGUGUGCUGCGCGUGCUGCAGAGGAAGCCAGGGAAGAAAUAAAGAUUUUACUGUCAGCUUCUAUAGACAGUGAUUGACUGUGGUAGCUAAAAUUUGUUGUGACAGUUUUUUAAGUAUAACCUCCAACUGUAAUGUGACAGAAGUUUACGUCAUGGCACGAGCCGCAUGAUUUUGUCUGUAAACUGUACAGUUACUCUAAAAAUAAUGUGAAUUACUCAUGUACUGUUAAUAUGCUCAUCAUAUUUAUGGA